UAUUUCUUAUGUAUUUCAUUUACAUCCUUCUGUGCUGCUUCUAAACCCGGUUGAAGUGGAUGGGCUCGUGUUAUUUCGAAUCUUUUUUAUGAAAAGUGAUUCGUUUUCAAAUCAAGUAUUUUUCCAUAAGGUCAAUAGUUUCACAGUAAUACAUACAGUUUAGUGUUUGCUGCUUUUUCUAAUAUUUCUCAUCAAGUUAGAGAUUCACGUUAAAAUGAUGCGGGAUAUUACUGAUGUUUUGGCAACAUUUAAAAAGGAAUCACCGUUAUCUACGAUACGAACCAAACAAAUUGAUUACAAGAAAAAGGAUGUGAAGGGGAUGCCGGAACGAUUCCUGUUCGAGUGCGCGAUCAAAUUGAACAUGAAACCAUUGACCUCUGCUAUGGCAGCAAUUCUUUUCCAUAGAUUUUUCAGAGAAGCUAAUGAUUCUGAGUACGAUCCUUAUAUGAUCGCUUCAUCGUGUCUGUAUCUUGCCGGCAAAAUCAAAGAUGAUCCAGUAAAAAUUCGCGAUGUAAUCAACGUAGCCUACAACACACUUAACCGCGGUUCGCAGCCAUUGGAGCUAUGUGAUGAGUAUUGGUCUAUGAGAGAUACUAUUGUGCAGGCUGAACUUUUCAUCACACGCAUGUUGAAGUUUGAACUGACAACUGUUCAUCCGCACAAGUACAUGCUGCAUUACAUGAAAUCACUGCAAGACUGGUUCGGUGUCAAAGAGUGGAACUCGUUGCCAGUUGCUAAAACGGCGGCUGCGUUUCUUCAAGAUUUCCAUCAUAGUGCAAAAAUAUUAGAUCACAAGCCUGAUCACAUUGCGGUAUGCUGUUUAGCCUUAGCGUUCCAGACUUAUGGGGUUCAAGUACCAUUAACUGAGGAAGCGGACGAAAUGACCGCUUGGUACAAUAUGUUUUGCAAAGAUCUAACACGCGAAAAACACUGGGAAGUAAUUGAAGACAUUUUGGAAGUGUAUAACGCUGAAGCCGAGAUUGACGAAGCUGAAGACUGAAUCCCUCCGCAGGAGUUAACUCAAAUCAGCUCCUACUUUAUAUAUUUUCGACAUUUGUUAUACUGAUAGUAUUACUUUUUUCUCAUAAUAGAAUCAACAAAUUCAAUAUCUAAGUUUCUAUUAUAACAGUCAUUGCAUCAUACAGUAAAAGCUCCCAGAAAAAUUGAGUACAUCAAACAACGUAAAUUUGUUUGUAAGUGAUACAACAUGACGUGAUGAUACUUGGAAUCUUCCAUGUUGAGUCACUGCCACAUGCAAUGCUAAAAAUGCAAGGUAUCUAGGAUUAAGAAGAAUAAGCGCCAUAUUUUGUUGCAUUUUUUCUCACACUUCAUUUCGAACAUUUCCUGAAUGUUUUGUCACAGUUUCAAAAACAGAAUAUCAUAUGAAAGACUAUUUUCAUCAA